UCGGUGGCUCGCUACACACUAAGUGGCAACUCGGCGAUUCCUCUCUGUGGCGCACUCUCUUCCCGCCGCCUUUCAUUCAUAAUAAUAACAAAAUAUCGCACACCGAAAAAGAGGAGGACGACGUCCGCGGACCGUGCGAAGAGGUGUGUUGUGUAGCAGUAGACAGUGAUCGCGCAAAACGCUCACACACAUACACACACACAAUUACACGAUUUAUAUAUGUAUAUUAGCCAUACUUACGACACAAUAAUAAUUCUAUAAUAGAAUCGGCGUACACAAUAUACGAUUUUCUGAGCGGCGAACGUCGAUCCGUAUUAUUCGCUUUUGUGCAUCGACUCAUCGUACGCGGUUCGCGCUACAAUCGCCGUUUUCAGUGCGUUUUUAGUGAUUUAUUUUUUUUUGUUUUCGAGACGUUCUCUUGUAAUUACACGCACAGCUGCGGACGUGCAUACCAUAAUAUUAUUAUUAUUAUGCCCGUCGUCGUCUGACCGGAAAACACUAUUCAAUCUCGAAAACGUAUCAACAAUUGUCAUCGAGAUGAAGAAGCGAGAAGAAAUGCAAGUUAAUGUUGCUGGGCUAAGAAGAAAUAUUAAAAACAUAGCACAUAAUUAUUCUGAUGCUCAGGUAAAAGUGCGUGAGGCAACCAGCAAUGAUCAGUGGGGUCCAAGCAGUACACUAAUGGCUGAAAUUGCUGACUUAACUUAUAAUGUAGUUGCCUUUUCUGAAAUUAUGGCAAUUCUUUGGAAGCGACUUAACGAUCAUGGAAGAAACUGGCGACAUGUUCAUAAAGCACUUAUUCUUCUAGAAUAUUUAAUAAAGACUGGCAGUGAAAAAGUUGCCCAACAAUGCAAGGAAAAUCGUUUUGCCAUUAAAACAUUAGAAACAUUUCAACAUAUAGAAGAUAAUAAAGAUAAAGGACAAAGAGUUAGAGAUACAGCUACACAACUAGUAGCUUUAUUAGAUGAUGAUGAACGAUUAAAGACCGAACGUGCACGUGCAAUAAAAGCAAAAGAACGAUCUGCACAAAAAAUUUCUAGUUUUGGCAGUGAUGGAAAUACAACUCCACAAAGUCCCAAAUAUCCAUUGUUCCGAGAUUCCUAUGGUUUAUAUGAUACACGACCUCCUGUAAAAGCGGAACUAGAAAGUGCACGUCCACAGACUGUUGGUGAAGAAGAAUUACAAUUACAACUAGCUUUGGCUAUGUCUAGAGAAGAAGCAGAACAAGAAGAACAAAAAAGGCGUAGUGAUGAUGUGCGAUUAAAACUGGCAUUGUCUCAAAGUGAAAAUGAAUUCAAUAGUGGUUCAGAAUCUGGAGCCAAUAGUAGUAGUGGGAAGAGCAGUAAUAUGUUAGACCUAUUGGGGAUUGACCUAGACAAUGAUGGAGAUCAAAAUGGUGCAACGGCAGCAGCAACAGCAGACCCAUGGGGUAUGCCAAUAAAAACUCAACCACAGCCUUUAAAUUGGCCUAAUGGAGAUUUAAAUAAUGGAACGCCCAGCCGAGCUGUUGACCCUUGGUCACCUGUUACACAAAAACAAAAUGCCACUGCUUCAGCUCAUGUAUUGCCUAAUACAAUAAACAAUGGUGUACAUCCUUGGUUAUCUCAAAAUUCAUCAGCUGCAGCAAUGGCUCCCCCAGACCCUUGGACUCCUGCGACAACUGCUCAACCUUUAAAUAAACCAAAUCAAGAAUUUGAUGAAUUUGCUCUUUUAGGAAAUCGAUCAUUACAAACAAAACCUACUGCUGAUCCAUUUGACCUAUCCCAUUUAAAUAAUGAACUACUAGGAACUUCACAAGGUUCCACGUCGGGUAAAAAAACACCACACAGUUUCUUGGGAGAAAAUUCUGCUUUAGUAAAUUUGGAUAACCUAGUAACAGCUCCUAUUAAUCCAACACCAGUUGCACAAAUACGGCCACCUGGUAUGGCGAAUCCAUUUGGUUUAACACCACAACCUCCAUUUGCCAAUCAACCAACGGCUCCAACCGCCUUCAGUGGUCCAACUACUUCGACUUUGCCACCACCACUUGUGCCGUCACCUAAUCCAUUUCUAUCGUAGCAAAAUUAAAGGACUCGUUUAAUCAAUUAUCAAAUGAUUAACAAUAACAAAGUUAUAUUUUUUUACGGUUGUUUCCAAUUUCCAGUAAUAUUAUAUUCUAGCGUCAUAUGUUAAUUCUUCUUAUUUAAAAUGUAAAUAAAUUAAGAAAAAGAGAGCUUGGAAAAAUUAAUUUGGGCUUUAACAAUAAUAUAUAAUUAUUAAUUACCAUUAUAAGGUCUAAUAGUAAUACAUUUAUUUAAUUACAAACACAACAGUGUGUAUAGAGAUGAGAAAAAAGUAUAAUUUUGUCAACAAUAAUUAAAACAUUUUGUAUUUUUACAGGCCAUUUAAAAUACCUUAGUACUUUUGAAUUUUUGAUAGAUAACUAAUAAGUAGCCACUUCAUAAUACGUAUCAUUAGCAAUUAUUAUUAUCAAUAAUUUUCAAAACAUAGAAUUAUUAUGUAAGGUUUACUCAUUAAUUCACAAUAUUGAGCUCAACGUGUUUAAAAAAAAAAAAACUAUUAUUGUUAAACGCACUGAAUAUAAUAUACCUUUUUUAUACAUAAAUAUAUAACUUAGAUUUUAUUUAUAGACGUUCCGAUUUUGAAAUGCCCACUAUUUCAUGCAUAUUUUUCUAUGUAAAUAAAAAUAGUGGGUGUAAAAACGAGUGAGAGAUGUAUUGUAUUUUUUUAAACAAUUUUAAAUCCGCGUAGUUUUUAUUUAAUUAAUAUUGUGGAUGACAUUGCCUGUGGUAAAUUAUAUUGUAAAACUAAAGCUGUAUUGAUAAUUCUAAUAUCAUCAGUUGGUUUUUAUAACAAUAAUUGUUUUAUUAUUCAAUCAUUUAUUAUUGCCCGGUGUAUUUAUAAUACCUAAAUAUA